GGGGGUGUGUGGGCGGCGCGCGCACGCGGGCGUGUGGUUAAAAGUACGCGAGACCCUCUUGUUCAGGCAGGGGGUUGCGGAGUCCUUCCCGAGGGGGGUGGGGCUGAGGUGCCGGGCUCUCUUCCCGCGUCGGUUGGGGACAGGACGUGCCCGAGCCCUUCUCAUGCCCCGGACGGCGGCGGAAGGUUGUAGCUCGGUCUGUGAGGAGAAAGUGGUUGAAGCAGACUGUGUGGUGCCUCACUCCACGGGAGGCUUAGGGUUAGCACUAUAUGUAUAUGAAUAUUUGCUCCAUGUAGGAGCACAGAAAUCUGCGCAGACGUUUUUGUCAGAGAUAAGAUGGGAAAAAAACAUCACAUUGGGCGAACCCCCAGGAUUCUUACACUCUUGGUGGUGUGUGUUUUGGGAUCUCUACUGUGCAGCUCCAGAAAGACGUGAAACAUGUGAACAUUCAAGUGAAGCUAAAGCCUUUCAUGACUAUAGCGCUGCAGCAGCUCCCAGUCCAGUGCUAGGAAACAUUCCCCCAGGAGAUGGCAUGCCAGUAGGUCCUGUACCACCGGGGUUUUUUCAGCCUUUCAUGUCCCCCCGAUACCCAGGAGGCCCAAGGCCACCUUUAAGGAUACCCAAUCAGGCACUUGGAGGUGUCCCAGGAAGUCAGCCAUUAUUGCCUAGUGGAAUGGAUCCAACACGGCAACAAGGACAUCCAAAUAUGGGCGGACCAAUGCAGAGAAUGACUCCUCCUAGAGGAAUGGUUCCACUAGGACCUCAGUCUGACCCUUGGUUAUCAUUGCAGAACUAUGGAGGUGCAAUGAGACCCCCACUGAAUGCUUUAGGUGGCCCUGGAAUGCCUGGUAUGAACAUGGGUCCAGGAGGUGGUAGACCUUGGCCAAACCCUACAAAUGCCAAUUCAAUACCAUACUCUUCUGCAUCGCCUGGGAAUUAUGUAGGUCCACCAGGAGGUGGAGGUCCACCAGGAACACCCAUCAUGCCUAGUCCAGCAGAUUCAACCAACUCCGGAGACAACAUGUACACUUUAAUGAAUGCAGUACCUCCUGGACCUAACAGACCUAAUUUUCCAAUGGGACCAGGGUCUGAUGGCCCUAUGGGUGGUUUGGGUGGAAUGGAUUCACAUCAUAUGAAUGGAUCAUUAGGCUCAGGAGACAUGGACAGUAUCUCCAAAAACUCUCCCAGUAAUAUGAGCAUGAGCAAUCAGCCCGGGACCCCUCGAGAUGAUGGUGAAAUGGGGGGAAACUUUCUAAAUCCUUUUCAGAGUGAAAGUUACUCCCCCAGCAUGACAAUGAGUGUGUGAUCCAUUACCAAGUCCCUUCGUGAAGGCUGCACUGAGUUGGCCCUCUCCAGAGAGCUACUAAAGAAGAAAAAAUACUCAUCCCUGUGUACAGAAAAGAUCUCUGCCACAGUUGGACCCACCAUUUUCCCCCAACCAUCUUUCCAGUUUUGUGAAGAAAGUGGGUCCUGAUCUGAUUUCACCAUCUUAUAAUGUGGCGUAUCAGAGCUGCCCAAGACUGAACUGCAAACAGUUAUCUGUGUAUGUAUAUGUAGGGAUAGGUGUAUGUAUGUGUGUGUUACAGAGACAUAGAUAUGCGCACAUACAUAUAUAGACCUGCAGGACGUUGUAAAAUAUUUUCACGUGACAUCUUAAGUAGAAAUAAGAAAUAGGGACUUUUAUUCCAUCUUUUUUCACGUUUACAUUUUAACUACUAAAAGAACUGCUUCCCUCUCCCCAUCUGAACUGUUUUGUGCUGUGUAUAUCACUGCUUUGUAAGUUAUUUUUUUAAGAAGAUCUCAGAUAAGUUCUGUUUUUUGUUGUCUGCCAUAAUGGAUAGGAAUAAAACUGCUUAUAAGAGGGCUCUCAUAAAGUUGUGUUUGAUACCAAUAACCAUGUGAGUUGAAAACUACACUAUUUCAAGAAACAAAAGAAAUGCAUUACUUUCAUUGAGCAAGUUAAACUUGUCCACUGCCUUUCUAAAAAGUGAGAGAAAAGAAUGUGUUGCAGGGGGCGUGGCGUACUUUGCCCGUUUCUUUAUAUAUGCCUAAUACUGCGAUCCUAAACAUACUUGUAUAGUUGUAAUCUCCACUGAUAUAAUUUAGAUUUACUUUUAGGUAAAUUGUUGAGGAUCAGAAUGCAAAUCCUUCAAUAUUUGUUUUCAAGGGAAGUCUAAGUUUUUAUCAACUUCUUGAUCUAUGCAGAGAAAUACAACAUUGCUGUGUUGAGCUCUGGUUUGAUUGCUGUAGCAUCCAGCAAUAAAUGUGGCAGGUUGUCUUUCUGCCUUUGGAAAAAAUAAAAUUUAUUCACUAUGAUCUUCCA